AGUGACAGCAGCUGUCCAGAUUUUAGCUAAGCUUUGGACUGUUUGAAACGAAGUGAGUUGUUAAAAUUACUAAAAUUGUACAUGAAAGACCUUAAAUAUCCUGUAAAAGUGUUCGUUAACCGAUAAAAUAAGCUCUAUAUUUGUUCGUCACGUUGAAUGCUUGGUAAAUGGAAUGAUACAAGCGGCAGUUAUUUUCGUCGCACAGAAUAUUUAAUGUGGCCUGAUUAAUGGUGUACGCUAAACAAAUGUGAAUAAUGAACUACUGAAAGUGUUUGUUGUGAUUAACUGGUAAAUUCUAUCGCCUACAAGUGUAUUGAAGAGCAUACGUCGUGAAGUAACAAAACUGCAUUCCUUUAAAAAUUGCACUCUGCCUGAAGAUCUAACCGGACUGGAAGAUGGCGUAUCACAAGCCAACCGAUAUCGAUGGAUUCAUCACCCAGAUGGCCAAAGCAGACAUGAGAAUCAAAGCAUUGCUGGCAGAGGAUCUGGUGCUGUAUCUCAAUGACUCCGAGAACUCGAUUGAAUGUGUUGAUCUUGGCUUGCUGGUGGAUGGCUUGAUUCCGUGGAUGAUUGGAAGUCAUUUCAAGAUUGCACAACGCGCUUUGGAAGCCUUCACCGAACUAAUAGUACGUCUUGGACAAGACUUCAACGCAUACACGUCGACAAUUCUACCCCACGUGCUGGAUCGUCUCGGAGACAGUCGAGACACAGUUCGGGAAAAGGCACAACUGCUGCUGCACAAGCUGAUGGAAUGCCGCUGCGUGUCUCCACAAUCGCUGUUGGACAAAUUGACGGUUUGUUUCAAACACAAAAAUGCUAAAGUACGAGAAGAAUUCCUCCAAACGAUUGUGAAUGCACUAAACGAAUAUGGAACACAGUCGCUCUCGGUAAAGACGUACAUACAGCCGAUUGUGCUGCUGUUGGGAGACCCGACGCCGACGGUUCGAGAUGCAGCGAUACAAACGUUGGUGGAAAUUUAUAAACAUGUUGGUGAUAAACUAAGGACUGAUCUGCGGAAAAAGGAAGUACCAGCAGCAAAGAUGGCCAUGUUGGAGCAAAAAUUCGAUGAAACACGAAGCGACGGCUUGUUAUUGCCAUCGGCACUGAAUUCAGCAGUUUCUAAUGAUGACAUCGAUGCGGCCGUUGUAUCAAGACCUACCCGGCUGGUUAAAAGGACACCAUCAGCAACCCCCCGCAAACCACUGUUUGAAACACAGGGAUCCGGAGAUCUCCUAGCAGCUGGAGCCGUUUCCUGGGAAAUUUUCGAAAGCUCCUUCGAGAACGUACCCCAACUGACUAUAUUUUCCCAGCGUGAUAUGGAUGACCACAUGAAGAUUACUAAUACUAUCGUCGGAGAUAAAAAUAUGGACUGGGAAAAACGAGUGGACGCGCUGAAGAAAAUCCGCUCACUCUUGAUGAUAAAUGCACAAAAUUCGCCCACAUUCACUCAGCAGCUAAAAGACUUGUCCAUUGCAUUCCUUGAUAUUUUAAAAGAGCUGAGAUCCCAGGUUAUUCGUGAAGCUUGCAUAACUCUAGCCUACAUGAGCAAGGUGUUGAAAACCCGAAUGGAUCAAUUCAUCAUAUACAUUCUUCAAGAACUCAUCAACCUGAUUCAAAAUUCAGCAAAAGUAAUUUCAUCGUCUGGAACGGUAGCGCUCAAAUAUGUUAUCAAAAACACUCACGCGCCCAAAAUUGUGCCAAUAAUCACCCAGAAUCUCAUGCAGUCCAAGUCCAAAGACAUACGAAGCACUUUGAGUGAGGUCAUGGUUCUGUUGUUCGAAGAGUGGCCAACAAAAGCAUUGGAAAAGAACUGUAUUCUUUUGAGAGAUGCUCUUCGAAAAGGCAUAGCAGAUGCGGAUAGUGACGCGAGAAAGCACAGCAGAUGUGCGUUUUGGAACUUCCGCAGACACUUCCCCGAAAUCGCAGACAGCCUCUACGGAUCUCUGGAUCCAGCUACUCAACGUACCCUGGAGAAAGAACGCGAUAGCAUCGGAACUAAUGAACGUAGGCAAUCUUCAGGGCUAAGAAGUCCUGCAUCGGCACAACCCCCAGUCAACGCUACUAGCGCUAGCACAGAAAAUUUAUCUGCUGCUAAUAAAUUGCAACGGACACCAUCAUUGCCGCGCUCCUAUUCUCGAAAUCGUAGCGGAAUUCCCGUAGCAUAUAGAGAUCAACCACAAUCUACUAUAAGAGCUGGCUUGCGAAGUAUUUCUGCGGUCGACACUGCUGCUGCGCAAAGAGCUAGGGCUAGAGCGCAAUACUCCAGUAUGGCACGAAUGAAAAUCUCUUCAGGAUCCGCUUCUCUUCAAGGACAGUACGCUCAGCAAGCUCGAGCAAAAAAAAUCUCAGCGGUAUCGGCCACCCCUCAGCAACCACCAACACCAGAAAGAAGAAUCCGUUCAAGAUCCGGAGUAUCUCAGUCUCAGCCCACCUCUCGAAGCACGUCUCCUUCCAACAAACUGCGCGACAAUUUUGGGAUUCCUUCGAUUUACAAACAGACUGGUACAAUUCCCAAGAAAACAUCAGGAAUACCUCGCUCAUUAGCAAACUCCCGAGAAACGAGUCCAACGAGAGGAACGCAAUUUGGAUCACUCCGUCGAAAUGUCUAUGGCACUAACAGUCCCCGGAGAUUAGAUCGUCCGCCAGUGAAUCCCGCAAGACCAGUGCUAGCACAAAAAAUACUACAGCAAAGUCGAGAGGCUGAAAAUGCUUUGGCAGAUGCUCUGUCGCCUGAAGAUCACGAAAUGUCCGCUGAGUUCGGCCGCUUGGGAAUACACAGGAAAGUUUCGCGCGAUGAAUCUGAUGAGAGCGAAGCAUCGUCGGUAUGCUCUGAAAGGAGCUUUGAUUCGUACAGAAGAGGAAACGAUUCAUAUUCCUGGAACGGAUCCAGAACCAGGUUGGACAGCUCUCGCCCAAUGAUCGAAGACAUUGACACAAUCAUUCAGUUUUGCGCUUCAACACACUGGUCAGAAAGAAAGGACGGCCUGAUUAACCUUACGCAAUACUUGAGCGAUGGAAAAAUGUUGACUUCUCAGCAGCUGCAGUGUGUUCUGGAUCUUUUUCGGAAAAUGUUUAUGGAUCCGCACAUCAAAGUGUACGCGCUAUUCCUCGAUACUGUCAAUGAAUUGAUCCUUUCACAUGCGAAUGAUUUGCAUGACUGGCUGUUCAUAUUAUUGACAAGGUUGUUUCAAAAGUUGGGAGGAGAUUUGCUUGGUUCCAUGCACGGUAAAAUAUGGAAGACUCUUCAAUUAAUCUACGAGUACUUUCCGGCUGAUCUGCAAAUGCAGUGCGUUUUUAGAAUCCUGAUAGACGCCGCGCAAACCCCCAACACCAAGACACGACAAGCGACGUUAAAGUUUUUGACAACCCUGGCUACGACUUAUUGUACGGCUGCGCAGUUUGUUAUACAUAGUCAAACACAACAACUGGUUGACAGGGCUAUACUCAAGAUCAUCCAAACUGCACUAGAUCAAAAAAGUGCUGAUUUGAAAUCACAAGCUCGUUUCUGCAUAGCGGCGCUGUAUAAUUGCAAUCCAUCACAGAUGACGAUGACGCUGGCUAAUCUUCCAAAACAAUACCAAGACACUGCAAAAGCAAUCAUUCAACAGAACAUUAGACGAAGUACCUCAGGAACAGAUAGUCCAUCAUCGCCAUUAUCGUCUUCAAGUCCGAAACCAUUGCUAAGUCCUCAGCAGGGACCUUAUAGUAUACAGAACGCUUCUAUUCACAGAUCCCGACAAACCUCGCUCGACGUAACCGACUCCAUGAACACGGAAGAAAUCUAUAAGAAUCUUAGAAAAACGACGGCCGAGAUACAAAACUACAGCUUUGAAGCAAAGUUAGAUCGUGAUGCCAACAGUAAGGAUUCUGGAAUAAGUCAGAUGGGAGAGAUGCAAAUGCAAAAUCCAGAUGCAUACCAGUUUUCUUCUAAUGGCUUUAACGGACACUUGGGAUUAGAAAAAGAUGAUUCGUGCAACGGUUCAAAAACUCAGUCCGCGACAACAACUGAAUCCAAUACACCCGAGAACACGGUCAGAUUGGAUGGUAUCGAUAUGAUUCACAAAAACUCAGCCCAGCAACAGCGCCACCACAGCUAUACUAUUUCGGAAACUGGUGAACUUAUUGUCGAAAAUGAAGUGAAAGAGAAUGACAUUGUGAAAGCAGCAAUAAUACUAUCACACGACACUAGCACUGAGGUGAUUGUGCAAGUUUUGGAAAAUCUGCAAACGUGCAUAAAGUAUGGUAAUUGUGAAGUACCUAUCAAAAACUUCAAAGCUAUAAUGAAGAUGCUCUUGAACCUAAUGGAAUCACAAAACAAUACAGUAUUAGUAGCAGCUUUGCAUACGCUGGGCCGGAUUGUACGCAGCACAGAAAUGAAAUCAUGCUGGAGUAAUUUUUUGGAACUGAUAUUGCUGAAAAUUAUUGACUGCUACAAAAUCAGCAAAGAGGUUUCACGCGAGAUUGACAUCAUCGUGGUGAAAAUAGCAAGCGUUUUGCCACUCGAUAUAUCUGUAAACAUCCUGAACCCAGUCAUUGCAACAGGUGACUUUCCAGCGAACCUUUGUGCUCUCAAGAUACUGACAGAAUUGGCCCACAAGCAAGGAAAAGAUUUGACAGAUAAUCAUUUAGAUAACAUCAUGCCAAACAUAGCUAGGUUAGCAGACGAUAGUCAAUCGAUGGUUAGAAAAGCAGCUGUUUUUUGUAUGGUUAAGCUGUAUAUUGUUAUGGGCGAAGACAAAGUAAAACCAAAAUUUGCACUGCUUAACGCCAGCAAAAUAAGAUUGCUGAAUGUCUACAUCGCAAAAGCCCUUGGAAGCACCAGUAAGGGUUCAAGUUCAUGAUCUAAACAUGCCAUGUGAUUGUUAUUCAAAGGACGCAAGAUCGCCAAGCUGCUUUGUAAAUUUGGUAGAAACAUUUCAGUUAUUUAUGAGUAAUAUUUAUUUCCAACAAGUGCUUAUCUCCAUUAACUAUACUUUUGACUUAAAUUAAUCGCUUCUGAAGCCUGAUAUUGUUUCUAGUAGCAUACAAACAAUGUUCUUUUUUAACAAAGCAUAAAACAAUGUGACUAGAAAAAACCUACUAAUUUUAGUUAUCCUUUUUGCAAGUCUCAGUUGUUACGAAUAAGAAUCGAAAAGCGUAAUACACAUUUGGAUGUUAUUUGUUCAUGAAAAGCUUUUCACUAAAUAAAUGUAAAAAUAUGGUAAUACAACUUACAGCUUAUUACUUUAAAAAUGAAGUUAUUUAAUGCUAAACAGGAAUAUGGUUUAAAAAGAAGGCAAACGAAACCUUUUAAAUUGUUUUAAUCAUUAUUGUACGCUUAAAAGAAAAAAAAACACUAUCCAAACACAAUGUUUGCCAGGUUACAGAACCUUCCCAUUUGCGUUGUAUUGCUGCCGGAAGCAAUAACUCAGUUUUUUAUACAAGGUUAUAAAAAAAAGUUUCUACAAUAAGAAAUCUGCAUAACCAAUAUUAAUUUAGUAAUAACGUACAGGCGCUUCUAUAUUCUGAUCAAUUUGUAUACAACUUUCCGGAAUUUCUAGUCGCCAUUAAUAAUGGCAUAAUUAUGAAAACUAAUAAAAAAAUACUAAAAAUAUA